CAUUUAGCUACAGCCAUGUCGAGGUUGGGCAAGAUAGAGGAGUUUGACGCCAAGGUUCAGACGUUCGAUUCGUACUUGGAGCGUUUCGAGCACUUUGUCAGUGCGAAUGACAUAGCUCAAGAGAAGAAACUCUCAGUAUUUUUGACAGUGAUCGGGGCGGAAGCAUAUGAAGUACUCAAGAAUUUGGUUGUACCAUCACUUCCUGGGGAGAAGACUUUUGAUGAAGUCAAGGUUCUAUUGAAAAACCAUUACAGCCCCCCGAUAUCAAUCAUAGCUGAGAGGUGCAGGUUUAACCGCAGGGUUCAGCUUGAGCACGAAAGUGUAGAAGACUUUAUCAUUGAGAUAAAGCAUUUGGCUCGGAAAUGUGAUUUUGGGUCCUUUCUUAAAGACGCUAUGCGUGACAGGCUUGUGGCAGGAAUCCGCAGCGAAGACAUUCAAAGGGCUCUAUUCACAGAAGAAAACCUGGGCUUUGAAAGUGCUUGCAAAAUUGCUCUUGCGCGAGAGCUAGCAGCCAAGCAAACAGCAAUAUUGCAAGCAGGAGGGACAAACUCGGCUGUAAAUGCCCUCAAAUAUGAAGUGAACUCGGCUACUCAAAAGAAAAGAUCAAUGCAGCAGAAUGAGAACAAAAAGACCAAGUGUUGUUGUUGUGGUAAGGCGCAUGACUUCAACAACUGCUGGUACAAGAACUAUAAAUGCAACCGGUGCUCUCAAGUAGGUCAUCUGCAGAAAAUGUGCCCAAGAAAGGCUCUACACAAAAGAACGCAUAUCGUGUCGGAAUCAUCCAGUGAAGAUGAGCACACGAUGUACGCGUGCCACGAUUCAUCUGGCAAGAAGAAGGGCUACAUAGUUACCAUGACCAUAUAA